AUGUCAACUUUGACGAGUCCGCCUUUGGACUUUCGCCGCCAACCACCGCUGAAGACGCCGAUGACGUUGACUUCGACUCCCUCGAUCUGGAUGAUGAAGCGCCAGUUCAAGCGCAAAGAAUCAAGUGCGCCAGACAAUCACACGACCCACCAAGAAGAAGAUGAAGAAACAAAGAAUGCUAAUGCAUCGACUCCGCCUGUGUUUUGGCGUGCGAGUGCGAACGCCAUCGAAAUAGCAGUGGACUUAUCCGAGCCAUCGACUUUUGAAGCUGCGGUGAGCGGUCCUGAUCAAGUGCAUUGGCGCGAAGCUAUCCGUGCGGAACUUAAGCCGAUGCGACUUCGUGAAGUAUUCCGCGCAGCCAAGCUACCUAAAGGACAUCGCGCCAUUGGCACGAAGUGGGUCUUCAAGAUCAAGCGCAAAGCGGACGGAUCAAUUGACAAAUACAAGGCGCGUCUUGUAGCAAAGGGUUUCAAGCAAUAG